AUGGAGCCUCAGGUCAGCCAGCCAGCUGCUCUGGAAGAAAACCAAAUUGGCUUGGGGCCUGUCAGGGCAACUUCUAGUUCCUCCAACCCUCAGGCAAAUGCUUCAAAGUCUUACGCAGCGUACAGCUCUGCUGAGGACCCCACUGCUUUUUCCACCGAAGAAAGCAGUGGCCAGCAAAGCAGCCGCACACUCCCUGAAGAUUUCACAACUGAGGGCCCACAAACUUUUGUGUUCACAGACUUCAGCUAUUUGAGUUCCUCUCCAUCCCACCUGCCAGAGCUACUCCAACCGGCCCUGCCACAGGUGUCCUGGGCCCUGGAAUCCAUGUCAGCAGACAGUCCUGGCCUUCGUGCCUAUACAACUGGCUCUGGGACUCACUACUGCACGUGGGCAUACAGCCAUCCCCUGCCACCACACGGGCACCUACAGUCAGCCCCAACAGUCAAGUAUGCACACCUGCAGGUUCAGCCACCACUGCCAUCUGGCUUCAACAGUCCUGUGGCGACCAUGGACCUGCCGCACGUCUCACCACAGGAUCACGCAGUUGGUGACGUCAUGGACCCCAGCUGGCUGAACCAACAGGACACCAUGCCCCCUCAAAUCCGGAGCCAACAUCUGCCCCUCUGCAUUACGUCCCUCGUGACUAAUCCCAGAACACACUCAAGUCUCAGCGAUCUGGCAGCCAUGUCAAAUGUUUGGCAAAAUGUUCUUGCUGAGCCAUUUACUCAAUUGAACAGGACAGAUGAGGCAUCUGCUUCUUCAAACUUGCCAAAGGAAGAAAAAGAACAGCAAGAAGCAAUUGAACAUAUUGAUAAAGUACAAAAUGAAAUAGACAGACUUAAUGAACAAGCCAGUGAAGAGAUUUUAAAAGUAGAACAGAAAUAUAACAAACUCUGCCAACCAUUUUUUCAGAAGAGGUGGCAAUUGACUGUCAAAAUCCCAAAUUUGGGGAUAACAACAUUUGUUAAACAUCCACAAGUGUCUGCACUGCUUGGGGAAGAGGAUGAAGAGGUGCUGCAUUAUUUGACAAGAGUUGAAGAGACAGAAUUUGAAGACAUUAAAUCAGGUUACAGAAUUGAUUUUUAUUUUGAUGAAAACCCUUACUUCAAAAAUAAACUUCUCUCCAAAGAAUUUCAUCUGAAUAAGAGUGAUCUAUCUUCAAAGUCCACUGAAAUCAAAUGGAAACUUGGAAAGGAUUUGAUGAAACGAUCAAGUCAAACACAGAAUCAAGCCAGCAGGAAGAGACAGCAUGAGGAACCAGAAAGCUUCUUCACCUGGUUUACUGAUCAUUCUGAUGCAGCUGCAGAUGAGUUAGGAAAGAUCAUCAAAGAUGAUAUUUGGCCAAAUCUGUUACAGUACUGCUUGGUUCCUGACAUGGAUAAUGAGGAAGGGGAAGGAGAAGAAGAUGAUGAUGCCAAUGAAGAGGAAGAAGGAUUGGAAGAUAUUGAUGAAGAAGGGGAUGAGGAUGAGGAAAGGUGA